AUGGAGAAUACCAGUGGUUUGAGAAAGGGUGCAUGGACUUAUGAGGAAGACAACCUUCUCAAGGCUUGCAUUAAUAAGUAUGGUGAAGGAAAAUGGCAUUUAGCUCCUCAAAGAGCAGGAUUGAAUAGAUGCCGCAAAAGUUGUAGAUUGAGGUGGUUAAAUUAUUUAAACCCUACCAUAAAUAGAGAGAGCUUUUCUGAGGAUGAAGUUGAUAUGAUACUCAGGUUACACAAACUCCUAGGGAAUAGAUGGUCAUUGAUUGCUGGAAGACUUCCGGGUAGAACAGCUAAUGAUGUGAAGAAUUAUUGGCAAACACAUUUACGCAAGAAAAUGGCUUCAAACAAAGAGAAAGAUACAGAAAAAAUACUGAAAGAAUCCAUGAAAACUCAUCAAGUUAUUAAACCUCAACCUCGUACUUUCUCAUCUCAUUCACCUCGUUUGAAUGCAAUACCAGCUUUAAAUAAUGAUUGUAAAGUUCCCAUAGGCAAUGAUGACUCAAAACAUAUGGUUCUGAAUUAUCAAAAUGGUGGAAAUUGUGCUUCUUCUUCACAACCAAGUCUUGGUAAUGCCUCUAUACCAAGUGCAAUGUGGUCACACAGUUUGUGGAACUUGGAGGAGCAAGUUGGCAGUGAGACAGUUGGGUCAUGCUCUUCACUGCAAGAGGAUUUCAACUUCAAUAUGGAGUUGCCAAAUGCUGAUGACUCCUUUUGGAAUUUAAACAUUUGCGAUUUCGAUAUUCUUUUGGAUCUUUAG